UUAGCACGAAUCUUGUUAUUACAUGGUAGAGUGACAGUUUGUGUUUUUAGGAUAGAUUUUGGACCUGUAUGACCGGCAGCAUUAGAGCUUAUCAAAGAUCUGUUCCCUUACUUUCUCCAUUGCUUUCCUUACAUCAGACCUCAGUGAACAUUAUGACAGAUGCUCCAGUGACACUGAGCGGGGCUGAGUGCAAUGGGGACAGACCUCCUGAGAAUGGCCAUGAACCCAUCAGUCAAACCAGGAAGGAGACAAUGGAUGCAGAUGAGACUCAGCCCCAGUAUAGGGCUGAAUCCAGUCUUGAAGAUUUACCUGCAAGAGAAAAUCAAGAAGAAAGUGGAAACCCUAAAGACAACAUACGACCCAAAGGGCCUGAAGAUGAGAAGAUUCUCAGUGAAAUCCCAGAAGAGAAUGUCUUUAUUGUUCACAAGGCCAUCAAAGAUCUUUCUCUCCAAGAAACAAGUGCUGAAGACAUGGUCUUCAGAGAAGGGCACCCGUGGAAGAAGAUUUAUCUGAGCAGCAGUCAUCUGGAAAUGAGUAGACCAGAGGAAAGGAUUGUCCACCAACCUGUUAAACAGAGAGAAGAUGAAAACACCGCCUGCCAGGCAACGGAAAUUGAAUGGUUGGGGUUCCAGAAAUCUACUCAAGUUGACCUGUCGUAUCCCAAAUGUGCUGAGGAACAAGAAGUUUGGAAUGAAGAAGUUACCGAGGAAGAUGUGGAGGAGUGUGAUGAUGAGGAAGAUGAAGUUCGAGUGAUCGAAUUUAAGAGAAAACACAGGGAAGGUUUUCAACUAACAGAGGAAAGCCACGCAAGGGAGGACUCCCCACUAAGCAGCCCUGGCUCCCAACCAGGGACCCCCGAUGAGCAGCCAGUUUUAGCAAAGAAGGGAGAUAUCGCCAGGAAUUCCUAUUCCAGAUACAAUACGAUAUCCUAUCGGAAAAUCAGGAAAGGCAACACCAAACAGAGAAUCGAUGAAUUUGAGUCGAUGAUGCAUUUAUAAACUAACUGGGACAGGAAUGUCAUGAGCGCUAAAGAAAAGCUAAUUUCGUUGUGCUGGGAUGUCUUCCUCUGCCUUAUUUGUGAGAUGUGCGAGCUUAAUGUCUUUUCACCAUAAAGCGUUGUGGAAAUAACCAUAGACAAAGUUCACUCUUGUAACCGCAAACCACCAAGCUUUAGAUUCAUUCCUGAGUGUUUGCUUUUUCAAAUGUUAACGAAUGUGGUGUUGUGUGGUAAGCAUUGCCCCAGUGGCAACUUUGGCAUGAUUUGUCUUUAAAAAUAGCAAUAAUAACAGAGGUUGCCAAGGGAAAACGAACUGUUAAUGUGAUUACCAUAAUUGUUUUGGUGUCUUUCUUCAGGCCAAUGAAAAGCCUGGAAUAAAAACCCUCCUCCAUUAAACAUGGUUUUUAUAGAUUCUGGACACAUGCACACAUAUACAUACAUACACA